GCGCUUCCCGCCUCUCCUCGCCGCACCGCCCCGGCCGCCAUGUUGCGGCGGCGGCGGCGGCUGUGGGAGCUGCCGCCGGGGGUGGCGGAGCAUGCACGGCACGAAGCAGCGUCCCGCGGCCGCGCACCCUGCCCAGUGGGUGCUCGUUGCGCCAGAGGCUGCUACUGACCCCCCUAAGACACCUGACAGCGAACCUAUGUUUACAAGACUACGCAGUCCAAGCACAGGGGAAGCAACCCUUUACUUAUUCAAUAGUGGUGCACAGCAGCUGUUUGAAGUUAAAGCUUUUCAUGAAGAAUAUCGUUCCUGGUUUAUAGGUGAGACUGUUCAACAAGAUGGGCGCCUGCUGUUCGUGACGCCGAUGGACCCCUUAUUCCUGAUACUUUAUUACCUCAUAAAGGCAGACAAGGAGCAGCAAGGAAAGUUCCAGCCACUGGAUCAAGUUGUGCUAGACUCAGAGUACCCUCAUUGCCCAUUGCUGCUGAAGUGUGCAGAUGUUAAACAGUCCAUACAUCAUGUAACGGAAGAAAAAGAGAUUGGCAGUCACAAAUUUCACAAGUACAGCCAAGAGAAGACAUUGAAGUGGUUAAAGAAAAAGGUCAAUCAAACAGUGAAAGCACUUAAAAGCAACAAUAUAUCUGUAGGUGAAAGGGUACAGGCAGCUACAUUUAUCAGCGGUAAACAGAUCACAGAUGCUGAAGAAGACUAUGUACGGUAUGCCCACGGGUUAAUAUCAGAAUAUAUUCCUGAAGAUCUGAGUAAGGAGCUGUCAAAAUACUUAGGUCUCCCAGAACUUACAAGCCCUGCACCAGAGCCACCAUUGAAGAUGCCUGCACAAAGACGUCCAAAGAAGAAGUGAAAGGAGCAUAAGGAGACUCGCUAAUAUUAUUUUAACUUGCCAUAAUCUCAAAGCAGCUUUUAAAGGCUUUUUUUAUGCACUUUCUGAAAAUAAAUGCUUGAAGUUAGACAUGCCCUGUUCCAAGAAAAAGCAAAUCUCAGCAGAUUAACAUUGUUAAAUAUGCGGUGUGUUAAACAUACAGUGCUUCAAAUUUUAUAGCUUAUACACUAUUGGUCUAUCGGGCCCUUCCAGGAAAGCACUUACGAGCAUGCCUAAUGUUAAGCACAUGAGCAGUGUUCUUAAAGUCAGCAGUGUUGUUCGUGUGGGUAAGUGCUUUGCUGGAUCAGCGCCUAAAGUCCUGUUAGGUGCUGAGCAUCCUGAUCCAUAUCCAGCAAAGCACUUACGUCCAUGCUUAUCUUGAAGUGGAAGAGCCGGUCUAACUAAUAUUUGUGCAUUAGUGUUUGCCAUAAAAAUCUCUCUUGGCACAGAGACUCACAUGCUUAAAAUUAAGCACCUGCCUAAGUAUUUUGCAAGGUCAGACCAACAGCAUCCUUGAGCAAAUCUUAAAUAAUUACUUGAUUUUGUAUUAAUUUUCCUUUUUGUAGUAGUUGCUCUGUUUUUAAACAGAACAUAUGAUUUUAUUGGCUAUAAUUUCAAGCUUUAGAAGCUGCAUAGCAAAAUGUUUUAUACAAUUUUCUCCUUUCUUUUUCAAAAUCUAGCGAAAUGCUCUUUUGGACUAAAAGUACAUUUGUUCAGACUUAGAAUUAUCUAAAAUGAAAAAAAAAAAAGUUAACUUUUUCUUAGGACAUACCCAUUUUUUUGUAAGAACUAUUUCACUGAGCUUGAUUUGAAUGGGUUUGUCCAACCCUGACCUAUUGUCCAGAAGAUAUCACCUAGCUCUGGCUUGUGAGCAGUCUGACUCUCGAAGUAAAGUCAACUUCAAUAAAAAUGUCAAAGUUCACAUAAAACAUGGAGGAAAUGGAUGCUAAUGAGAUCCUUAACUGAUCUGUCAGAUUCACAGACUGAUGUUUUUAACUUAAAUAACGGUUUAUCAAACUACCAAACUUUAGUAUGUAACUUUUUGUUACAGAAUUUUUAAAGUGAUAAUUUACAUGAUUUUGAACAUAAUAAAUGUGUAUUUCUGUAAAUUUUAACUCAGAAGACGAUUCACAGAUACCUCAAAUAGACGAAAUGUUCUGUAAAAUUUAAAUAUACUUGAAGCAUUCUAGGUAAGAAAUAAAAAAAUGCUUUGCUUCCAUACAUUCUGCCUAACUUCAAGUCAAACAAGAACUUCCAGAAGAGUUUAUUAGGACAUUUCUGAAAACUAAAUUCCAAGAGGAAGAGGCAAGGGCAUGUUCAACUUUCUUUUCAAUUUAAAUCAACUCUUUUGGAAUAUGAAAGAUCUGACCUGUUAACCAUUUAGAAAUCGUGUAUGAUAGGAAAUGUAACCAAAAUGCUUAUUUUAGAAAUUUGCACUGAAUUCUUUGUUUCCUUUUCACUUGUCUAGUUAAGCAAAGUGCACUGUGCCUUUUCAAGGUAAAAAUGUUUAUUUUAACAUAAUUUUCUAUGCAGUACUGCAGGAAUAAUUAUAUGGGUUCAAGAUGAGAUUUCUAUUUUUCUAGCUUCUUAUAUUCAAAAAAUACUUGAUGUAUAAAUAAGAUUGUAUAUUUCAAUAAACUGUUGUUAAAUUU